AUGAGUUGUGAUUGUUGUUGUGAUUGCAGCUGUGAAGCGGAUCUUGACAUUCUUCCGAGCAAUUUGAAAUUUAAAAGUAUUAAGGAUAUACAAAUGCCUGAAGAAUUUAAUACUUACGAAGAAAUUGAAAAAUUAAUUUUAAAUUAUAACCUAGAAAAUCUAGAAUCGACUUUUCUAUCUCUCAAACAAAUAUUAGAUGCUGAUAUUGCACUAGAUCAAGUAGUUUUCAACACUCUUGGCUAUUUUAAAAAUUUUUAUAAACCCGACCAUUUUAAAAACCUUGAAACAUUGCUCUCUACAGAGUAUGAUAUUAACUAUAAGACCUACUCAAUCAAACUCGAGUCAGUUUCAAAUCCAAAUCACACAACAAACGAUAAAAUGAACUCAGAUAACAUUAGUUAUGUAAAAAAGAUGUGUAGAUCAAACAAAACAGAAACAAAGCAUAACCUGAUGUGUAUUGCAUGCAGAGAAGGACAUAUUAACUGUGUGAACUAUCUCCUCACGACAAAUCUUCAUUUGGACAGAGAAAUUGCAAGAAAUGCAGCAUUUGGAGGAAACAUGGAAAUUAUUCAAACUCUUGAAUCGAAAAACCUUUCAUUUGAUUAUUGCCUUGAGUGUGCAAUUGCUCGCCAUCAUUAUGCUUUAUGUGAUUACUUAAUAAAGAACUAUAGAUGCGAAAAGAUCGAUGCAAAAAGAUGUUUAGAAUUUUACAACUUCAGAGCUUUUUAUUUUUGUUUGGAGAAUAAUUUGACCAAAGAAAUGUUUAUAGAAGAUAUUGCACAAAGACAUUACUUCUACUUCUUUAAGUACAUGGCAAAACAAGGAUUCACAGGUCAAGUUCCAAGAGAAACAAUUCUUAAGCACAUGAUCGAUAAAAAAUACAUCGAAUACGUGAGAUUUGUUUUUGAAAAUUUCAAAAUUGUUGAAACAAAAGAUCAAAAAGUCAUCAUGAAAAGGUUGUUAAAACAAAGAAUGAAGAUCUUCUGA